AUGGCAUCAACACCAUGAAGCAGCAGCUCCUGCUGGCGACGGGGAGGGUGUGGGGAUCCUGAUGUCACCUUGAAGACCCUGCAGAGCCAUGACGUCAACUGUACAGACCCUGCGUUUCCCACUGCUGCCACAUGUGCCAGGCCAGGACCGGACGCCCAGCUGUGACCAGGAGAUUGAGCGGCGCUACCAGGUGGUGCCCUCAGUAGUGUGCGCCAUGUGCUGCCUCUUUGGGAUCAUCUACUGCUUCUUUGGAUACCGUUGCUUCAAGGCAGUGAUGUUCCUGACAGGGCUGAUGUUCGGCUCAGUGAUCAUCUUCAUGCUGUGCUACAAAGAGCGAGUGCUGGAUACACAGCUGAGUGUGGAGGCCUCAGUGGGCAUCGGUUUGGGCAUCGGUGUGCUCUGUGGGCUGGUCACCAUGCUGGUGCGCAGUGUCGGGCUUUUCAUGGUGGGGCUGCUGCUGGGGCUGCUGCUGGCUGUGGCCACGUUGGUGGUGAUGGAGCAGUUCUACCACCCACCCACUGUCUGGAUCCCCAUCGGCUUACUGCUGGGCAUGGGGAUGCUGUGCGCGGUGCUGACCUUGCAGUGGCAGCGCCUCUUCACCACGCUCUCCACCGCUGUCUUUGGCAGUGCUGUCAUGACAGCCACUGCUGACUACUUCGUGGAGCUCUUCUUGCUGCUGCAGUAUGUCUAUGAGCGCGUCAAGGUGGCACCUGCCAGGCCCAUCUGCUGGUACAGCUGGGUCAUCCUAGGCACUUGGCCUGUCCUGGCAUUGUUGGGCAUCCUGGUACAGUGGAAAGUCACAGCUGAGGGAUACUCGCAUACGGAGGUGAUUAUCAGCCGGCAGCAGCGCCGUGUCCAACUAAUGAGGAUCAAGCAACGUGAAGAGCGCAAAGAGAAGAAGAAGAAGCGGCGACCACAUCCUCACCCGCACCUGCAGCAUAAGGCCCACCCCCCACCAGAGCCUGCCUACCGCCGCAAGCCUAACCCCGUGCGCCGUUUUGAUGGAGAUGUGCUUUCCCCGAGUUACAUACAGAGCUUUCGGGAACGGCAGACAGGCUCCUCUCUCAACAGCCUCCUGGCAAGUGCUCAUGCUGCCAUCGACAUGGACUAUGACUGUGGCUCCACCGUGCCCCUGACGACAGGUUCCGGCCCUGCCAUGCGGGUAUAGUCCAGUAUCCGCCACAAGGACCUUGUCUUCCAUGGUCACAUGGACCUGGCUGUGUGGAUAUCUUAGCGCCUGUGCUGCCAUCAGGACUGGCAGA